AUGGACGAUUCUCAAGUUUCGAUGGUUCCUGCUUCUCAACCUUACUUCUUACAUUCUUCCGAUCAGCCUGGUUCUUCUUUGGUUACUCGUCUCCUUGAUGGAGAUAACUUUCCUAUCUGGCAUCGGGCAAUGAUCAUGGCUCUGGAAGCAAAGAACAAGUUAGCAUUCAUUGAUGGUUCUCUUCCUAAACCUGAUCUCAUAUCUCCUGAUCAUUCUCAUUGGGUACGCUGCAAUAGCAUGGUACGUUCUUGGAUUGUGCAUUCAACUGUGUCCUCCACUGCCCAUUGUAUUACUUUGAUUGAUUUGGCGAAGGAUGCUUGGGCCGAUCUUCAUGAUCAAUUGUUACAGAAAAAUGCACCUUGUAUUUUUGAAAUCCGUCGGGCCAUCUCUACCCAUGUACAAGGGACUACUUCAAUCUCUGCUUACUAUACCACGAUCAAGGGUUAUUGUGAUGAACUGCUCUCUUAUCGCCACAUUUUCACAUAUUGUUGCAGUUGUAUGUCUUCUUUACAAUCUAUUCUUGAUGAGGAUUACCUCAUGGAUUUUUUACAAGGCCUGAACGACUCUUAUGCUACUGUCCGUAGUCAAUUGUUGCUCAUGGACCCCUUGCCUUCCCGUCAACAAGGCUUAUUCCUUGCUUCUUCAGGAAGAAUGUCAACGUUCCAUUUAUGA